CACCCUCCUUCUGAGACUCCCCGCUCCCCCCAACCACGCCCCCUCCGCUCCCCGUUUCCUAGUCACCCCUGCUGUCUCCGGGUCCGCAUCCCCAGGCUGCUCUACAAGCGCCCCCUUUCUCGACCCUCCAUCCAGGGUCUCCGCCCCCCAUGGCCCGGCUAGGCGCCCUGCUGGUGGCCGCCGCCCUGGGCGCGCUGCUCAGCUUCGCGCUGCUGGCCGCCGCGGUCGCCAGUGACUACUGGUACCUCCUGGAGGUGGCGGACGCGGGCAACCGCAGCGGCUCCGGGAGCGCCGAGCUGUCCUCGCACUCCGGGCUUUGGAGCAUCUGUGAAGGACGUAACAGCUGUAUCCCUGUCAUUGACCCCUUUGCCACCGAGACCCUGGAUGUGUCCUCCUCUGUGCAGCACCUCAUCUCGCUGCACCGCACUGUCAUGGUGGUCCUGCCCCUGAGCCUGGUGCUCAUCGUGUGCGGCUGGAUCUGCGGGCUACUCAGCUCCCUGGCUCAGAGUGUCCCACUGCUGAUCUUCACCGGCUGCUACUUCCUGCUGGGGGGUGCCCUGACCCUGGCGGGCAUCAGUAUCUACAUCGGCUACUCUCACCUGGCCUUCGUGGAGACCGCCCGCCAGUACGGGGUCCAGCACAUGCGGGCCGUGAGCAUCAGCUUCGGCUGGUCCUCGGCCCUGGCCUGGGGCUCCUGCGCCGCCGAGACCCUCAGUGGAGCCCUCCUUCUGGCAGCUGCCCACGUCCUCAGCCAGACCCGGCAGCCUGGCCCUCCCCACUCUGUGGUCAUCUGAGCCAGAGGUGGCCAGCAAGGGUCGGGAGAGCAGUGUCCUCUCCCUCUGUGGUUUCUUGGGCCAGCAGGUGGUCAGAGCCCUGGGCUCUGGGGAGAAACGGGGUCCUGCGGUGGGAGAGGGGCUGGGGCAGCGUCCUCAUGAGAGGGGCACGCAAGGUCCUCGUGCUUGGCAAAACCAGCUGUUUGGGGCUCCCCUGACCCGACUUACACCCUCUAAGCUCAUCUCUCCCACGGCCACCCAGCCGGUUCCCACUAACUGUGACCCUAGAGGACAGAGUGCCCACAGGUGUUCUGAGGCUGUCAGUCCUUGGGGAAGCAGACUGCUCACCUCUCUCCCGAGGAGCAGCUGGCCGGGCCUUCAGUGAGCUGCCCAGAAGGAGGAGCAGGUUGAGGUCCCAGGACUGUGCCCGGGGUGGGCCAGGGUCCUGGUACUCAUGGGCCCCCUGGCCACUGGUCAGUGUGGCAUGUACCCACCCCACUCCUGUUGGUCCUGGUGUGCCACUGCAGGGACCCUGGGUUGGAGCCCACACCUGGGGUGGGAAGGGGCCCCAGAGAGUAAUAUAUGUGCUUGGUCAAACACUCCUCCCCCCACGCCCCCAACCCCCCACAGCCCAGCAUGACAGUUACCACACACCCACUUCACAGAGGGCCAGAGCGGUGCGGACCCCUCUGUCACAUCACCCAGGAGCUAAUGGCAGGGCCAGGGCCGCCCUGCAGGGUCAGUGUCAUCCCAGCAAGCCUGUCCUGGGCCAGCAGGGAGCAUGGCUGCUCCUGGGUUUCAGACCUGGUGGUGGGUUUAAGCUGAACCUUUCAGAGGGGACAACGCUUGGCUUCUGUCCUACCCUAUGCGAGACUCCUACCCUGCUCCUCCUGCAGCUCCUUAGGGGUACCUGUGGUUGCCAGGGGCCAGUGGGCACCCCAUACAAAAGAGGGAGGAAGCAGGUAACACGGGCAAGGGGUCUGGCUUACUUGCCUGCUCAUGGGUGGCCUUUGUUGUCAGGAGGGGCUGGUUUGCUGCAGGUGGCAGGGGGUGCCCAGGCUAGUGUUGCUGCAGGCUUAUGGGAUGGCAUCCGGAGCCCCAGGGGAGGUGGAGGGGGGUGGGGCGAGACCCCCCUGCACCACCACAGUCCCUUGGGUGGUGCAAGGACAAGACCCCUCAGAUAUGCGACCCCCCCCCCCAGUUGUCUGGACCACAAGGACCUGGGAUUUCUGCAGGUGGGGAUGCUAGGGGCUCGGUGGUCCUGGGGGCUCCUGGACAGCACUGGGAGGUGCUGAUGGGUGGUCCCCUGGCGGGUGCUGGCCCUUUCCAACAGAGGAGAAGCCUCAGUGAAGAUACCUGCCUCCCUUCUCACUGCUGCCUGCCCACGCCACGCCCCCGUUGCUGCUUUCAAGGUCCCCGGAGCUCCUGGGCGCAGGGCGCCGGGCUGUGCACCGGGGCCAGCCCGACCAUUCCACGCAAGGGCCACGGGGCCACCUUGUCCUUAAAUAAACCAGCUUGUGUUCGUGUGUGA